GAGAGAGAGAGAGAGAAAGAGGUUAAUAGAUUCUACAGUCCAUUAAAACAAAAAGGUAGAAAGGAAAGCCGAUGAUGUUGGAUUAUUGGACUGUAAUGGUGAAAUGAGAUGGAGAAUAACCGACUAUUCUUCGCCACCACCAUUACCGUCACAACACUCUCUUCUUCGCUCUGCCCCUUCUCCCUAACCCACCAUGCCACUCUGCAAAUCCAUCACCAUCGCCACUCUCACUUUCACUCUCUUCUCCUUCCUCUUCUUCUCUAUUAAUCACGCCACCGCCGCUGCUUCAGGGGCUGCUCAUCUUGAAUCGGAAUCGGAAUCGGAAAGUGGCAAUUCCGAAUGUGAGGGGAGAUGGGUCCACAUCAGGAAGCUCCCAUCUCGAUUCAACCUGGAUCUCCUCACUAACUGCUCCGCCUAUCCAAUCUACGAUGAUUUCUGCCCCUUCUUGGCCAACCACGGUCUCGGCCACAAGACCCACAACCGCUCCCACAGCUGGUACCGCACCGACCCCUUUAUGCUCGAACUCCUCUUCCACCGCCGCAUCCUCGAGUACCCCUGCCUCACCCCUGAUCCCUCCAUCGCCGACGCAAUUUUCCUCCCUUACUACGGCGCCAUCGACUCUCUCCGCUAUCUCUACGGCCCAGAAGUCAAUUCCAGCGCCGACCAUGGCCUCUCCCUUUACCGCUUCCUCCAAAAGAAUAACCCAAAAAUCUGGUCUCGCUACUCCGGCCACGAUCACUUCUUAGUGCUCGCUCGCCCCGCCUGGGACUUCUCUCAGCCCUUAUCCAACGAUCCUCCUCUCUGGGGCACUUCGUUUCUCGAACUCCCCCAAUUCUACAACAUCACUGCUCUCACCCUGGAAUCCAGGCCUUGGCCAUGGCAGGAACACGCCGUCCCCUACCCGACCUCCUUCCACCCUCCAACCCUUGCUUUGCUCUACUCAUGGAUUGCCCGCGUUCGCCGCGCUCGCCGGACCACCCUCAUGCUCUUCGCUGGCGGUGGUGGCGUCGCCUCUGCACCCAACGUCCGCCACAGCAUCCGUAGCGAGUGCGAGAACAGUACCGCCAUCAGUAACAACCCCACUACUGGUACUACUACCAGUGGCCAAUUCAAGGACUGCCAGAUCGUCGACUGCUCCAAUGGCGUCUGCGAGCAUGACCCAAUUCGAUUCAUGAGGCCGAUGCUUCAAUCAAGCUUCUGCCUGCAACCCCCUGGAGAUACGCCCACACGUAGGUCCACCUUCGAUGGGAUACUAGCGGGUUGCAUUCCUGUUUUCUUUGAGGAACUGUCGGCUAAGUCGCAGUUCGGAUGGCAUUUGCCGGAGGAUCAGUAUCGGGAGUUCUCGGUGUUCAUACCCAAAGAGGAGGUGGUCGCCAAAGGGCUGAGGAUCACAAGUGUGCUUAAGACGAUCCCUGCCGUUGAAGUCAGGAGGAUGAGAGAUAAGCUGAUAGACAUGAUUCCGAGGAUCAUGUACAGGAGGCAUGGAAGCUCCCUGGGCUUGAGGGCUGAGAAAGACGCCUUCGACUUGGCCGUAGAGGGUGCUUUAGGCAGGAUCAGGACCAGAAUUGAAGGACUAAGGACAGUUCGAUGAGACAUUCAUCUCUGUUUCUCUCCUCAUUGAUUCCUUGUUACUAUUUAACAUUAAUAUUUUCCUUCAUCUUCUUUUUGCCUUUUUCUAAAUUUUUAUCUCAUCAAGAUGAUGAGUCUUGAGUUGUAGCGAGAGAGAUUUAUAUUCUUACUAAUUCUUUCCAUGGAAAUACAAGUAUUGAUCGUAAUUAGAUUGACUAA